AUGAAACAGGCUCGUUUACCUCUUCAACAUCAAUCUCCUAGAGAAAUCGGGUUCCAUAGACAUUGCCAAAGAUUUCAACCUAAGGAAAGGUCUCCAUAACCAAAUGAAGAGGAUGCCAUCGCUUAUGUUCGUCUCCGUAAAUAGGGAUUGGUUAAAGACAAAGCAUUAAAAUAUUGUUUGGCUGAUCAUUGCAAAAUUGAUGCAUCAUUAACAAAACAUGGGCCUCCGAAUUAUAAAAUAUUCUCAACUUCUUUGGAUAGGCAAAAAGUUAUUCAGGGUUGGUAAAUGGUAGGAAAACUUAAAGAAAUGAGUCAUGAAAAAUAUAUAAAUGCUAAAGGAGGUGAUGGACUAACUGAAUUUGAAAAUAGGGAUGAGUAAAUUAAAUUUGAAAGACUAAAAGAUUAUUUUAUGGGGUUAAGUAAUUCUAGUAAAUAAGUUGAACUUCCUAAAUUUUAAAUGGGAAAUGGAAAGGAACAUUAUUUUGAAUUAGCAGAUUAUUAUUAACAAUUUAAACCCUUAUCCAAGACUUUGAUUACUGAUACCGAAUCCUUUGAUGAUAUUAUUCCUAAAUACAGGAAGGAUCACUUUAGAAUUGAACCAAAAGUUGAUAGACAAACUAUAAAAAGGACUGAAGAAGAAAAAGGAGUCAAGUAACGAUUGAAGGCUCUCAAUGAAUUGAUUAAAACAUACAAGGAAGCAAAAAGGGCCGAUGAUCCUUGCAUUGAAAUUGUAUUUUUGAGAUUUAUUAAGGUUUUAGAUCAACAUCAUUCCAAAAAGAAAGAAGAAAGAGCACCCCAAGAAAUAGAAAGUUUGGCCAUGAUUAAGGAGAAUUUCAAUUAUGAUGAAGGAACUGUCAGUGCCAGAAAAAGAUGUAGUAUACUCAGCCACAGAUACUCAAAAGUUGUACAUAAUGAUGAAGUGAUAAAAAAUUAAGUAUUCCAAGAGAAAUUAGACAAAUUUGUUACCAAGGUCUUAGGAAGAAUUAAUUGUCAAUUUGAUGGGACUUUAUUUGGUAGAAGUUUUAGAAACUUUUGA